CUAUGGCUUUUGGUGGAAGAAGCCCAAGGAUGUGGGACGUCCUCAUGCUAUUUAUUGGAAAGCAACUGCAUCUCAGCCAGGAAGAUUAGCCUACGAAUGUUCUCCCGUGAAGACUAUUCCCAUUACUUUAUCUCUUGUGUCUAUCCGAUUUUGACUCUUAUGGGCGCUGCCACAUUCAAUUCCCCCCGUGCUGUCCGUUCACGUCGGGUUCCGUCUGUAGGUGGCUAUGAUGAGGAUGGUGCUGGUCGUCAUCAAACCAUUAUGCUUGCCAUCGGAUGUUGCAGUGGGGCGGUGUUUGGAGCGAUACAUUGUCUAGGCUGGAAUGGUGUGUUUCAGGGGCGUACAGAGCAGUUACUCUGGCGUGUGGCUUCCCUUGAGAUAGUAUUAACACCGGUAGCUAUUCUGAUGUUGAGCUAUUUUAUUUGGGGGGGUGAUUCGGACGGCGAAGUUGUCGCGCCUGUGGGUUUAGUCGUCGGCGCUCUCAUAUAUAUUGUUGCACG